CGCGCCGCGAACAAGUCCUUGCAAGGGAGCCUCGGUCAGACUGCAGGCAUUCGUAGGCGAUCAGGCUCAUGAAGGGCUAGGAAGGAGGAAAGAGUCAUCGCAUCCGACCGGCUGCAGAUCGCGCCUCGUCCGACAGACAAAGUCAAGGUUGCAUACCGCGCUCUCAGCGCCGGCUCACCUCGCAACGGCCAAAAGGCCCUAUAGACUCGGCCAAACUCAGCUAUGCCUAUGCUGCUAGAAGUCACGCGCAAGGCGCUCGUCCGCUCAGAGCGUGUCAAAUCAAUCGACUUUCACCCGACGGAGCCUUGGGUCAUAGCUGGUCUCUACACGGGCAGGGUUGUCAUCUGGAACACGGACACAGGCGCGCUCGUCAAGACAUUCGAGGUCACAGAAGUGCCCGUACGAUGUGUUCGCUUUAUCACUCGCAAGAACUGGUUUAUCUGCGGCUCUGACGACUUCCAUCUCCGGAUCUUCAACUACAAUACGCAGGAAAAGAUUGCAGCAUUCGAGGCGCAUCCGGAUUAUAUCAGAUGCUUGGCCGUGCAUCCCACACAGAGUCUUGUUCUUACAGGCAGCGAUGAUAUGACCAUCAAGCUGUGGGACUGGGAAAAGAACUGGAAAUGCGUCCAGAUGUUUGAGGGUCACACUCAUUACAUCAUGAAUAUCGCCUUCAAUCCGAAAGAUUCAAACACGUUCGCAUCCGCUUGCCUCGACCGCACCGUCAAAGUCUGGUCCCUCGGCGCGCCUAUGGCCAACUUCACCCUCGAUGCGCAUGACAAGGGCGUCAACUAUGUGGAAUACUACCAUGGCGGAGACAAGCCGUAUCUGGUGACGACGGGAGACGACAGACUCGUCAAAAUAUGGGACUACCACUCAAAAUCUUGCAUCCAGACCUUAGAGGGUCACACCUCGAACGUCAGCUUCGCCAUCUUCCAUCCCUCGCUACCUAUCAUCAUUUCGGGAUCAGAAGACGGCACGGUGAAGAUCUGGCAUGCUGCUACUUAUCGGCUCGAGAAUACACUCAAUUACGGUCUCGAGCGCGCUUGGUGUGUUGCGUAUGGCAAGAAGCGCAAUGAUGUCGCGUUCGGCUUUGACGAGGGCGCUGUCGUCGUCAAGCUGGGGCGCGAGGAGCCCUCGGUCAGCAUGGACUCGAACGGCAAAGUAGUCUAUGCUCGUAACUCAGAAGUCCUCAUCGCACAUAUUCAGAACCAAGGCGAGGAUGCUCAGGAUGGUCAGAGAUUAGCAGUGCCUGUCAAAGAGCUAGGCAACACCGAGGUCUACGCCCAAUCGCUGCAACACAGUCCCAAUGGUCGUUUCGUAACCGUCUGCGGGGACGGCGAGUUCAUCAUCUACACUGCUCUUGCAUGGCGCAACAAGUCCUACGGCAGCGCUCUUGGCUUUGCUUGGGCGAAUGAUUCGAACACUUAUGCCGUUCGCGAGACGAACACAAAGAUUAAAGUCUUUCGUAACUUCAAAGAGCGGCCAGGUCUUGUGACCAUUGGAUACACUGCCUCUGGGGUUUACGGCGGUGCUCUGCUCAGCGUCAAGGGAUCAGGUUUCGUCGACUUUUAUGACUGGGAUAAUGGGAAUCUUGUCAGGCGGAUAGAGGUCGAUGCCCAGCAGAUCUUAUGGUCAACUACGGGCAACUACGUCGCGAUCGCGGGCGACGAAUCGAUCUUCGUGCUUCGCUAUGACCGCACUGCUUACAUUGACCACGUCGAGAGUGGCGCGCCCUCUGCAGACGAUGGUGUUGAGGCUGCUUUUGAAUUGACCGCCGAGGUAGCAGACGUGGUCCGCACAGGCCAAUGGAUUGGCGACUGCUUCGUCUACACAACCGGUGCUAAUCGUCUCAACUAUCUCGUCGGCUCGCAAUCUCAUACUAUAUCUCAUUUCGACCAGCAAAUGUUCUUACUGGGUUAUCUUCCUGGCCACAAUCGGCUGUAUCUAUGCGACAAAGACGUGAAUAUCAUGUCCUACAGUCUCUCGCUCGCCGUCAUAGAAUAUCAAACCGCCAUUCUUCGCGGCGACGAAGCUGCUGCGAACGAAUUGUUACCUUCUAUUCCCUCUCACGAACGAAACCGUAUUGCUCGUUUCCUCGAAGCACAAGAUCUUAAGGAGCUUGCACUGGAAGUCUCUACUGAUCCCGACCAUCAAUUUGAGCUCUCUGUACAGCUAGACGACCUCGAGCGCGCUCUCAGCAUCGCACGCUCUAGCCCAAGUGUGGGUUCAGAAGCGAAAUGGCGGACGAUCGGUGAUCGCGCUCUGGCGACGUGGAAGUUUCAUUUGGCCGAAGAGUGCUUCGUCAACGCCAAAGAUCUGUCGGCUCUGCUACUCUACUACACUUCUGUUGGCGACAGUGCAGGUCUCGAGAAGCUUGCGACGAUGGCGGAAGGCAAAGGGCAGACCAAUAUUGCUUUCGCGUCUCGGUUGCAGCUUGGCGAUUCCGUAGGCUGCGUCAGUCUGCUACUUGCGACAGAGCGACCUGCAGAAGCAUCUCUGUUCGCUCGAACGUUUGCACCGAGUCAAGUGCCACAUGCGACGCAAGCGUGGAAGGCUAGCCUGCUCGCGCAGAAAAAGACACGCUUGGCGGAUGCGAUCGCGGAUCCAGCAGAGAACCCAGAAGCAUUCGAAGAGGGCUGGGAGGCGAGCUUAGCCAAAGAGGCAGAGCUCAAGCAGCACUCUUCUGCAACAACAAACGGGCUCAUCGACUUUACUGCAGGCGAGCCGCAUGCAGAGCCGAACGGCGUGCAUCACGAAGCUAUCGAUGAACGUUUCGCAGGGCUAGACCUCAACCACGAUGCUCAUAAUGAUGCGACAUAUGAUUACGGCGCGACAAAUUAUGCCGAGCAAGCGGACUUGCUGGGCUCGUUUGCAGACUCUAACGAAGGGAAUGGCUAUGCGCAUGCGGCCCCGUCUAUCAAGCUAGAUGCGAUUGAGGAUCUCGACGCGGAUGACAAUUUUGUGUAAUGCCCCCCCAAAACGUGACUCUCUGUUCAUGCAAGAGCGUGCACACUGCAUUGCUCCUCGAUGAUGGUACAGUACAUGACGACUCAGUUGACGACUCGGAUAUUGUACGUCUUCUGCCAUCGCUGAAAGUCCUCUUCUUGCUUUUUGUACUGCGCUGCCAA